GUUAAUUAUUAAGUGGAGCGAAAAUGCCGCUCAAGUUAGCGGGAGUAGCCGCUGUUGGCGCCCUGCUUUUAUGUGUUGCUAUUUCUCUCUUUCAAAUUACUGUGGCUGAAGAUCCCUACAAGUUCUUCAACUGGAAUGUUACUUAUGGAGACAUUUACCCACUUGGAGUUCGCCAAAGGGGAAUACUAAUCAAUGGACAAUUCCCAGGUCCAGACAUUCAUUCUGUUACAAACGACAACCUCAUCAUCAAUGUCUUCAACAGCUUGGAUGAGCCCUUUCUCCUCUCCUGGAACGGGAUCCAGCAGAGAAGGAACUCGUUCGAAGAUGGAGUUUUUGGAACAACAUGCCCCAUCCCACCGGGGAGGAACUUCACUUACAUGCUUCAAGUGAAGGAUCAGAUUGGAAGCUUUUACUACUUCCCAUCACUUGCAUUCCACAAAGCCGCUGGCGGUUUUGGAGGCAUUAGGAUUCUCAGCAGGCCGAGAAUUCCAGUUCCUUUCCCUGAUCCAGCUGGUGAUUACACUGUUCUCAUUGGAGAUUGGUACAAGUCCAACCACACGACUUUGAAAGCCCAUCUUGAUAGAGGCAAGAAGCUGCCUAUCCCUGAUGGAGUCCUCAUCAAUGGUCGCGGUCCUAAUGGAGUAUCUUUCAACGUAGAACAAGGAAAGACUUACAGGCUAAGAAUAUCAAAUGUGGGAUUGCAACAUUCCCUUAACUUUCGCAUCCAGAAUCACAAAUUGAAGCUGGUAGAAGUGGAAGGAACACACACCCUUCAAACGACCUACUCUUCUAUUGACGUUCAUGUGGGACAAUCUUAUUCGGUGCUGUUAACUGCCGAUCAACCUUCUCAAGACUAUUACAUUGUGGUUUCUACUCGAUUCUCCUAUAAGGUCCUCACCACCACUGGAGUACUUCGCUAUAGCAAUUCUGCAGGCCCAGUAUCAGGCCCACCCCCUGGUGGACCUACAAUCCAAAUUGAUUGGUCUUUGAACCAGGCCCGCUCAAUCAGGACUAACCUUACAGCAAGUGGACCGAGGCCGAACCCGCAAGGGUCCUACCAUUACGGUCUGAUAAACACGACCAAGACCAUCAUUCUGGCUAGUUCAGGUGGUCAAGUAAAUGGCAAGCAAAGAUACGCAAUUAACAGCGUGUCUUAUGUUGCCCCAGACACACCUCUUAAGCUCGCCGACUACUUCAAAAUCUCGGGUGUUUUCCGCGCAGGAAGCAUAUCUGACAGACCCACUGGCGGUGGCAUUUACCUUGACACCUCUGUAUUGCAAGCUGACUACAGAUCUUUCGUCGAGAUUGUCUUCCAAAACAACGAGAACAUUGUUCAGAGUUAUCAUCUUGAUGGCUACUCUUUCUUCGUGGUUGGUAUGGAUGGAGGGCAGUGGACAACUUCAAGCAGGAACCGGUACAAUCUCCGAGAUGCGGUUGCACGUUGCACCACUCAGGUAUAUCCCUACUCAUGGACUGCUAUAUAUGUUGCCCUUGACAAUGUGGGAAUGUGGAACUUGAGGACUGAGUUUUGGGCACAUCAAUACCUUGGCCAACAGUUUUAUUUGCGCGUUUAUACUGCAUCAACCUCAAUCAGAGACGAGUUUCCUAUUCCAAAGAAUGCAUUUCUGUGUGGUAAGGCAAGUGGGAGACACACGCGACCACUUUGAGCUAGCAAGGGUUUAAAGGGAUCCAUACUAGAGAAGGCAUUCUAGCUUUAGAAUAUGAAAAAGUAGUUAACUUAUCUGCUUAUCUGCUUCUGAUUUUAUUUUUGAGUGCUUUCAUUUAUAUAUGCUAUGCUCCGGUGGAAUGAUGAACACGUAUGAUUUUAUCUCUAUAUGACCCCAGCUCGAGGUCACAUUCUUUCCCAGAGAAAAAAAGAAAAAAAGAAAAAAAUGAAACAGCAUAUUAUUAUAUCCCCUUUGUAU